UUGCUUUGGAAUUAACUUUGGUUUUGUUAAGCACAGCAAAUUUGCUAUAUUUUAGUUUGAAUUUCAAAAACCUUUUGCAAUAUGUUCACCCUGAGUCGUUGGACCUGGCCGCGUUGGAUCCCGACGCUAAUGCCAUAUUUCGUGAUGUUGAAUUACUUCAUGGAUCUGCUCUACUCGUUAGUUCACUUUUCCCAUUUGGGCAAACAGCGAGCUGUGGUGAUGAACGUGACCAAUGUAUUUGGUUACAUCUACACCGUUUUCGACAUGUUCCUCAUCUUGGUGUCCCUUAUCCUCACCCUUGGCACCCGCAUUGAGGAGAGUGGCGUGAUUCUGCUGCUCAUCGGCAGAGUGAUCCAUCGCCUGCUCCUCUCCAUUUGGAGCAUGCUCUUGUAUUACCUCUUCAGCGAGUGCCAGGACAUGGGCUGUCUCCUCAUGCUGCUGGCCACCAAGGCCAAGAUGCACGCCGAGAAGGGAUGCCCCAAGAUGGAAGUUAGCAGCUAUCAUCUUCUGUUGCUGGGAGCCAGACUUUGCCUUUGCUGCAUGUUUCUAAUUUGGAUGGAUGAGGAUCUGAAUGUUAUAUUUAAUAUCCUUUCUCUGCUUUUGUUUAUAUCAAUUGGCUUGGGCUUUUACUGCAAGGUGUGUUCAUACCUGACCCUUCUGGUCUUAAUGUAUCAUGACAUCUUCAGCAACCAUUGGAGCAUGCUGUUUGGCUGGAAUGAUUAUUUCCUUUCGAUGAAUUACUUUGCCAUGUUCUUUGGCAAAAUUGGAGCAUUCCUAAUGCUUUCUGAGCUGGGUGCUGGCAAGUGGUCAAUGGACAGUUAUCUGGGACUUAAUGACUAUGAAAGGGAUCAAAAGGGAGGCUACAAGAUCAUAAAGGAGCAGGCCACGGCCUAGAAAAUGUUUGUUUUAAUUUUAAGAUAACGAUUUCCCAGAAAAAGUAAACGAAAAUAUGCACUUU